GAGAUGGAGAAAGCAAUGAAAACGCCGUUCCGUUUUAAUGGCUGCCGUGAGAAGGUGUAGAAUGAAAAACGAUUAAAUUUUACUGAAAUAAUGCCAAAAAGAGGUGCUAGGUUAGGAAAACCGGAAGAAAAACUGUUCAACUAAUUGCCUCACACAGUGUACGAGUGUUUUUCUAGCUGCGCUAGCACCCAUAAGCAGGUAAAAUCGUUCUCGGAAAAGUGUCCAAGUUUUACUGUGUGUCUGUUCAGUUUUCUAAAAAAAAUCCUUCUGUGGUGCGUGUGCUGGUUGUACAAGCUCCAAGAAUCAGCGACGAUGGCCAGCUUCGGAAUUGUGCUGACAUUUAAUUAUGCUUGUGGUGCAUUCUAAAAGAUGAACAAAAUACCUGUAGGACUAACAGAAAAUCCGACCGUCACUAUAUCGUGAAUCAAAGGUUCAGAAGUGCUAUGUGUUUUUGUGUGUAAUGAAUCAUGUGUGUGUGCUACAUGGUCAAACGUAAGCGCUACGGGACUUACUAAUCGAAGAUGGAUGUGCUCUGAGUGACGGUUAGAGCAUUCGACUUUCAAUCGAAGUAUCAAUUCCCUCGGUCGCUGGAGCGCUCCCCAUCAUGGAUAUGAACGAGACUCACCACCCACAACCGAUCAAAUCGGCGGAUGGGAUGGGAGGUCGUGUUCCCAACACCGCAACGGGACCAUCCAGCGGGACGACUUUGUCAACCACGGCGGCAACCGCAGCUGCGGCCGCCGCCGCCGCAGCAGCAUCCACUGUGUAUCACCAUCAGCAAUACUCACAAACUCCCCCUCCACAUAAUCUAGCGUCCGGUUAUGCUGCUGCCAUGAUGGACCAUCAUCACCAUCAUCAGAUGAAGGAUCCUUAUUAUCACCAUCACCAUGGUAGACACUACACAGAUCCGUACGCUGCGAUACAUCAUGAACAUGGGGGCGGUGCGUAUCAUACAACUCCUCAAGGGCCCCCACCGCCUCCACCACCGGCUCUGGGAUCAAUGCAUUCACAGCAUUCUUUUCCGCAUCACCACCAUCAUCCGCAUCAAAAUGCUUAUGGACAUUCGUAUCAUCACCAGCCAUCAGUGAUCUAUCCCGGAACACAAACAUCAGCCGGAAUGCAUCAUCAUAGUCAUCCUAUCCAUCAUCCGAGUCAGUCAUCAACGAUUGGACAAUACGCCAACAGCCAAGCCCAACAGUAUCCGGGAUACGAACCAAUUACUAGAACACCCGUUGAAUUAUCACCGAGUGGACACUAUGCUGGACAUUCCACGACCGCACAUCAUCAUAACGUUCCAUUUUGUACUGGUGAAGUAGCCUAUCGGGACGAUAAAGACCACAGUGGCUUGGGACUGUACGGGCCUGGAAGUGAACGUUCUCCAAUGACUGGUAUAUGUAAUACGAAUGUACCUAGUAGCUCGUUAGUAAAUCCCACAUCGACUGUUAUUCCUCCUGGUGCCAAUUCUGGCAGUGUUGGUGGUGGUAAUAGUGGGAAGCGAAAGAUUGAAAUUCUUGACAAUAUAUUGAUAAAGAAAUCAAAAAACACACCAUCUGACGGAGGACUAACCAAAAGCAAUGUGCAUAGUAACCACACCAAUGCAUGUGGUCAACCUUCCGGACCGGCUCUCGGUGAUAGUACGCAUCCAUCUGCAGGAGACAGCGCCAAGUCCUCCUUUCAGAUAUCAAAUAUACUGGAUGACAAAAACGCCAAACAGUCAUUGAAUACUACUGUAACCUUUUCAACAUCAGACGGUGCGAACAUGGCAACACAACAUCAUAUGCAUAUUGCCGGGCAUACCGAACGUGCAAAGAAAGACAAUGAGUCGAGUCAUUACCAUCAUAUUAAUACUGGUGGUAGUACGAGUAGAAAAUCAACGAAAGCAUCGAAGAGUGCAGACUUUUCUAAAACUGAUCGUGCUGGUACAUCAACAAAUGCUUUGUCAUGUCCUAUUUCACCUGAAGCAGCGUCUGAACAGCAACAACAAACAGCCACGAACACGACACAGCACAUGGACUUCGAUAUAUCUGAGAAAUUAAAAGAGAUGGGAGAAAUCAGUGUUAAACCGGUAUCUAAAACAGAGGCUGGUACUAAAUCUCGUACCAGCGAAUUAGAGUGCAACGAAGAGAUUUCACUGGAAAUAACCAAAAAGGAUGCAGCCUUGCGUAAGGUUACGAAUCUACGUAAGAACAUUAAGGAGGUGAUGGACGACAAUCAGCUAGAUGCAUCAACCUUGGCGGCUCAGCGACAAGAGCUGGAACGAUUGGCACGUGUCCAAGAGCAGCAACGAAUCAUUCGCGAAGUUCAGCGUCAGCUCGCUCUAGAGCGACAAACGAAUAAAACCGAACAGAAGGUGAUGCAAUUUUUGCAGGGCCAUGCUUCGAUUCUAAAAUCCCAGCAGCCAAGCACAUCCAGUACUAUAGCGACUGCUUCAGGAAGUGGCAUUACCACCACGACUCCAAUACGUGUUGGGUACGUUAAGAAUCCGUUCGAAACUCGGGGUCGGCCUCCGAAAAAUCGCCAACUAUUGACUUCUAACGCUACUACUUCAUUACUCACAACACCUUCGUCCUUAUCUUCUGCAUCUGCGACAACUAAUUUGACUCCGUCUGUAAGCAUUGCUCCAGUGAAGGCAUCUUCAUUAGUUUCAUCGCUAGUGGGGACAAGUGUCUCGUCAGCGAUACCAGCGUGUGCAUCAUCCCCUACAGUAAUUCCGGUACGUACGUUGGAAGAAAUGGUGGAUAGUGAGGAAGAGCUGGAACCCGAAGAUGAGGCUGAGGACGAGGAUGAAGAUAGUGAGGGCGAAGUGAUAGCUUUGCCGGAGAAAAAGGAAAUAGUGACAAUCGACAGUUCGUCUGACGAUGAUUGUAUCGUGCUAUCGGAUGAUGAUGAAGAGCCGGAAGAUGAAUCGGACGAUGAUCCGCAGAAUAGUGGUCUCCACGUAAACGACACUUAUAAUGUACCGGAUGAGCAGGGACGUGUUGUCAUUAACGUAGGACAUGCCGAUGGAGAAGACGACAUAUUCCUUGCGCCACAAAUUGCACGCAUUAUCAAGCCACAUCAGAUUGGUGGUGUACGUUUUCUGUUCGAUAAUAUCAUCGAAUCGAUCGAACGGUACGAUUCGUCAACAGGCUUCGGGUGCAUUUUGGCUCAUUCGAUGGGUCUUGGUAAAACGCUACAGUUAGUUUGUUUCUGUGAUAUAUUUUUAAGGCACACCAGCUCGAAAACGAUACUGAUCAUCAUGCCUAUCAACACACUACAAAAUUGGCUGAACGAGUUUAACACCUGGCUACCAGAGGAUGUUGAAAACAGCUCACUACGAAACCACGGUGAUGUGCGUGCUCGCAAUUUUCGAAUACACAUCCUAAACGAUAGUCACAAGACGCUCAAGGCACGCUCGAAAGUCGUACUGGAGUGGGCCAAAAAUGGUGGCGUGCUUCUUAUUGGUUACGAGAUGUAUCGACUGCUAAGCCAGAAAAAGAUGACAAAGAAGAAGAAAAAGAAAAAGGGAGCCAUAUUGGAGGAGGAAAAAGAGUCGACUGAAGAACAACGUAAUAUGUUCGACGACAUACACGAGGCGCUUGUGAAACCGGGUCCGGAUCUUGUAGUGUGUGAUGAGGGUCAUCGUAUAAAAAAUUCCCAUGCAAGCAUCUCGGUAGCCUUAAAGCAGAUCAAAUCAAAACGGCGUGUGGUGCUAACAGGUUAUCCACUACAAAACAACUUGCUGGAGUAUUGGUGCAUGGUAGAUUUUGUACGGCCAAACUAUCUUGGCACGAAGACGGAGUUUAGUAACAUGUUUGAACGCCCAAUUCAAAAUGGGCAAUGCAUUGACUCGACUCCACAAGACAUCAAACUGAUGCGAUACCGGGCGCACGUACUUCAUUCUUUAUUGCUCGGUUUUGUUCAACGGCGAUCACAUUCAGUGUUGCAAACUUCGCUACCACAGAAAGAAGAGUAUGUUCUGUUGAUACGUAUGACCGAGUUUCAACGUAAGCUCUAUAGUGUGUUUAUGAACGAGGUCGUACGGACUAAGACUGUUCCGAAUCCACUUAAGGCUUUUGCAGUAUGUUGUAAGAUCUGGAAUCAUCCGGAUGUGCUAUACAAUUUCCUCAAGCAAAGUGAGCGAGAUUUAGACUUAGAACUUGAAGAAUCAGAACCGGCUCCCAUACCGGGAGAUGGAAAGCCAGGAGAAAUUCCAUCAACAGGAAUCACGCCUGCAACAUCAGGUUCUGUCACUCCAAUGGAGAUCGAUAAUGGUGGAGUUGUUGGUAGUGUUGGUAAUGAAACUAAAGCGAACACGAUGGAAGUACCACCGACAGUUUCGAUCCUAACAUCUUGUAUUACUAAGGCAGGCCGUAAAAAUGCGGCAAUAGCAAAGCCGGCUAAACCGCUUGCAUUAAAGAAAGAUGGUACUCCGCGGAAACCACGCACUUCUAAAAAGGCGGCAUUGAACAACAAGUCACAAGUUGUGGGAAAAGAUGGAAAAAUCGUGCCAGCAGCCACUAUUAGCCCCAGCAAUAUACAUAAGGAUCCAAAUCCUGUAUCAAUUGACACGACAGGGUCACCAACUGUUGUUUCACUUCCAAAGAUAGAGGCUGCGGCGUCCGAUUUCGGUAACGAUGAAAGAUUAGUGAAGCAAGAAGCAGAUGGACACAUGUACCCACAGCAACCAAGUGUAUCACAAUAUCCUGCCGCUUCCGGUAUUGGGGCUUAUCCUUAUCAAGUUUAUCCUGGGGCGGAUCCUAUGGAACCAAAUCACACUUACGGAAUUUAUAGUCAGGGCAUGAAUAACAUGAUAAGAUCUGAUCAAGCUAAUGUCUAUGGCAACACGUAUGAUAGUACUAGUGUUAGAGGACAGUAUAGUGGCAAUAACAGUUUACCUGUGUCAGGUACAACGAACCCAUACAACAAUAGUUAUGGCAGUAAUUACUAUAGGAAUGAUUACACCAAUUCAUACAGUCAACCUCCUGGGUAUGGAAAUGGCGCAACAGCGACGUCCGGAACUACGGGAUAUGAACAGAGUCAGUAUUCUUACGGGACAAAUUCGGCUGAAGGAAUACAAAAUCUCCAAUAUCCCAACAAUGAGUCGGCAACACAAAACUCACAACCAAACAAUCAUUGGAGUGAUAGCAGUAACGCGAAUAAUAGUAUUACUUACUACGAUCAACAACAACAGCAGCCACCCGUUAAUAACGAUACCAGCGAUAGAGCAAGUUCGGCUUAUCCAGGAUAUAGUACAACCUAUGAUACAUCUAAUGGUAAUGAAACACAAAUAGAUGAUGAUCACAACGAUAGGUCUGGUUUGUACGCUUAUCCGAGUACAGAACAGCAAUCUACAUCCACAACAGUUGAUGUUUCUUCGCAACCAUUAACAUCUUAUGAAGAUUAUAACUCUUUUGAAAAAUUGCCUGAAAAUGGAUUACAGAAAUGGAAUGAGGAACAGUCGAGCAAUGGUAAUGAAACGUCUGUUGCAGCUAACACUGAACUAUCUCAAAGCCAAAGCUCAAAGUCAAAGGCUAAUAAUAAAGAAGUUAUUCCUGAACCCUCGCCUUCCACAGACACAAUAAUAACUUCGACAGAAUCUACACUAGAAACGGUUAAAUGUAAUCCUGAUACAGGUACUGUAACACAAGAACAAGCUAAUGCUCAGUACGCGAAUCAACCAUCACUGGAAGACCUCAAAGAUCCUGUCAAGCCUGAUCUAUCCGGGGAAAAGCCAACGGAAACAGUUGAUAUGCAUACGAAAGAGAUCCGCAAGUUGAAAGUUGAUCAUGACAUUAAGCAGGAAUUCAAAAAAGAAAUAGAUACGGAAGCGGAUAUCAAACAAAAUAAUCAGAUAAAACAAGAAAGUGGGGUAAUCAUAAAGAGCGAAAUUAAAAUGGAAGAAAAUAAUGGAAUAGUACCAAGCGAUGCGUGUUCAAAAAUGUUUAAUAAAUCUGAGAAUGAUUUAAAGGGAGUAAAAUCGCACGAAUUACCAGAGGAUAUAAAAUCGAUCAAAAAAGAGGAUGUAGCAAAAAGCAUCGAAAUUGAGGAAGAGAGUGAAAAAGCAUCUAUCGAUUGUACUCCUAGUUUAUUGGACAAGAAAGUGACUGAGAUGGUGAUCGACAAAAAUCCAACAGAAAAUGAGCCAGAUCUGAAGGAAUACAAUAAAACACAAGUCCAAAUUUCAGAAGAAGGAAGAAAGGAAAAAGAGAAAGAUGUAAAGAUAGUUUUAAAAACUGCCAAUGACAAGGAAACUCCGAAAGAUGAUUCAUUAAUCGUGGAAGAAAACGUGAAAGAAGAAAAAAGUGAAUCUUCUGCAGUCGGAAAAGACCAGUCAACUACACCAUCGUCCUACGCGACCACGACACCUUUGAACUCUUUAACGACGAAUACUGCUGGAAGUACCAAGGAAGGUAAAGGAAAAGAUCCAAAGGACGAAAUACCAUACGAAUGGGCGUUCGAGCUGAUGAAAGGAUACAUUCCGGAUUUGCUAGAAAAUUCUCCUAAAAUGGAGAUUUUUUUUUGCAUACUAGAGGAAAGCAUUCGUUUGGGCGACCGAUUACUUGUGUUCAGUCAAAGUCUACUAACGUUAAAUUUGAUCGAGCGUUUUCUGCAACGUAACAAGAUUCCUGGUACUGAGAACCAUUGGUCUAAAAAUAGCAGCUACUUUCGACUGGAUGGUUCGACGGUGGCUCAGGAACGAGAGAAGUUGAUCAACGAGUUUAACUCCAAUCCAAAUGUUCACUUGUUCCUUGUGUCAACUCGCGCUGGUUCGCUGGGUAUAAAUCUGGUCGGUGCAAAUCGAGUAGUAGUAUUUGAUGCCAGUUGGAAUCCCUGUCACGAUACGCAGGCCGUGUGCCGUGUAUAUCGCUAUGGUCAGAAAAAGCCAUGUUUUGUUUAUCGGCUGGUAAUGGAUAACUGUCUUGAGAAGAAGAUUUAUGAUCGACAGAUUAACAAGCAGGGCAUGUCGGAUCGUAUCGUGGAUGAAUGUAAUCCAGACGCACAUCUAUCUAUGAAGGAGAUUACCAGCCUUUGUUACGACGAUGGCGAGGACGGUGAAUUGAAGGAUUUUAGUGAUGAGAAAGAUAAAUUCAUUGACAUCGUCAUGCAACAUCUGUUGGAGACACAUUCGAAAAAGCUGACGAAAGCACCGUUUGCACAUGAGAGCUUACUAAUAGACCGGAAAGAAAAGAAACUGUCGUCAGCAGAAAAGCGCCAGGCACAGCGAGGAUACGAACUGGAAAAACAGGCAGCAACUAAGCCGCAAUACUCGUAUACAUCCAUGGGCACUACUUAUCGUGCGAUACGUACAUCUGAUGGAUCCAUCAUCCAUCGUCCUGUUGCUUCGGUACGUCCAAUGCAGGCUGGGGAUACUAACAAAACGAAUGUAGCAGGAUCACGUCCUACCCGUUGGAUACCGGCUGAAGUGUGGCAACGUCAAGGCAUGACAGCUCAAGAGAUGACCCUUCCAAUUGAUGUUGUGAUUCCUACCAGCUCCGCAGACAAAUCGAAUAUUGUACUAAAGGCAGGUCAAAAAGUAAUGGUGCUUAAAUCACCGAAGGGUAUCUACAUGCAACUGGAAAGCGGUAAAAUUAUUGCUAUCCGAACGGCGUUCAAAGUGGGCCAAAGUAAAGAUGCACCCUCAGCAAAAGGAGGUAUCAUUACUACCACACCGACAUCAGCGAACGUUCGUAAAACGUCAAAUCUAUCGUUCAGCUCGGCGAAAGCUUCUUCAACUCUGUUAGUAUCGAAGAAUGGCGCCGGAACUAGUGGUAGUAAUACGGGUGAUUUUUCUGAGGGAAACUCAUUGAGCAUAGCGUCUAAUUCGGAUGACGACGAAAAAUCUGAUUCCAGCAUUCUUCCACUCACUAUUAACGAUGAUGGCGAUAGCGAAAAAGAAACGAUGAGUGUAGAUGACUAUCCGGAUAAACCCGUGUCCAGAAAAGACACCGACGUGGAACACAUCGUAAGCGACAGGACGACGGACACAAUGAUGAGUAGUACGAGCAGCACAAGUAAUAGCAGUGGGAUAACAGUACCAGUACCCACGACAACGUCGACUACUGCGUCAUCUUUUACGAAUGCAUCUCCCGCGAAAAGAGCUAACGCACAAACAAGUGAAUCGCUUGACAAAUUCCCAAUAAUACAGUCUGCUUACUCUCUGGCUCCGCAGGCACAGAGUCUUGUUUCUCAUCGUUCUAGUUCGGGCGGGCUACCAUUAUAUGCUUCCCCAUCAACGACGGUGCAGUCAACGGCUUCUGUCACCAUUGAUGAUGAUUUUCCCCCGAUGAGAGAAAAGCUGACGUAUAAACCAAACCUAGUCGAGCGUAAAACAAAAGCAUCACCUUCGUCGUUGAAGAAUUAUCGGCAUAAGGCAAGCAAGGUUCAUGAAAUCAAUGCGACGAACACAACAGUCGCACCAACACCGAUGAGCACCGAUGUUGUGGUUUCGGCUACCAAUGUUGCCACUACAAUGCUGGUUAGUCAUUCGAGCGGCUCAAAGAUGAAUCAUGAUAUACCGAGUUCUAAAGCGAAUGAGGUUACAAACAACAAUUCAGCCAAUGAUGCUGCAGUUGGAAUGUACAAUGUGGAAGCUAGUGUAGAUUCAAUCGGCGGCUUGUAUCAUCCUGCUACGAUGUUGAGCGAUAGUAAGGUGCCUGUUUGUCGUAGCAAUAAUAAUAUAACGGCGAAUUCGGAUGUUUUCGGCCAUGGAGUGGGAUCAGUUGGAUACUCGACGACGCCAACUCACGCAACUCAUUCCGAUAAUAAGUUACCCAUUACAAGAACCGCAACAUCUUCGUCGUCGGUAACGAUGACGGUUGGUUCCGAACAGUAUUUUCCAAGUCACCACACAAUUCCUAGCGUUCCUCCAACAAGCUACGGAGGGCCAACAAUACCAACGACAGGAUCGUUGAUCGAAAAGAAUCAGGGUCAACAGUCGACUACUGUUGAUCACAUUGGUUUCCCUUCUACUUCCAAUAACUCUGCGGCAAACAAUAGUACUAGUAAAGAACAUCCCCCUUGGAUGCCUUACGGUUCAUCUAUCGGAAGUUCAGGUCCUGGAUCUACGGGCAAUACCAUCACGUCUCAUUAUGGCCCGUUGUCCCAGCAACAACAACAAAUGCAUACGCAUGGCAAUUUGUCACAGCAGCCGCAACACGAUUGUCAAUCCAUAGGAAGUCAGAUGCAACACCGGUUACCACAUCAAACUACUCAUCCUCAACAUCUAGGCUUGCAUCAAAAUCAGACAGGUGGUGUUCAGUCUCUACCGCCACCGCCGCAAUACGAGUCUAGCUUAAAUUUUCUCGAAAAAACUACAUCUGCGCUGAUUAAUAAUCAAAAUCAGAGCGAAUUCCAAGCCUCCUUAAGCAACAUUACCCGGUCACCUACACCUACCGAUGGGUACAUCGACUACAAUCCGAAAACAGCCGUGGCAUCUACGAAGAAGGUAGGAGCUGGUAGUAAAAACAAAACACCGAAGGCACCCAAAAACGAUUACAAUGCUGCCAAGAAAGCCCUUAAUAAACGGAACAAUCCAUCACCCUACACACACAUCUCAUCAUCAUCCGCAUCGUCUUCUCCGUCCGCAUCGCCGGCAGUAACCCAAAAUGCCACUACCGCGCCAGUUUCAUCAACUGCUGUCCCUAGUAUAUAUCAUAGCUAUCAUACUGGAACAGGAACUGGACCAUCUCCGGCAAUUGCAUCAGUUCCACCUUCUGUUACGGCAGGUAUUCAUCCACCUUCUGGUCUGUACUGCGACCAAUACAGUCAACCAACCAAUCAACAUUCACAACAGUUGACAGGCGGAUAUGGGUCAAACAUCAUAAUAGGAACACCCCCUUCCACGAGUAGUUCGAAUAAUGGUCAUGUGCUAGCUUCGCAACCAGCAACCGUUGGUGGCUAUGGAAACACACUUCCUCCCGUAAUGCCAUUUACUGGCCCUUCAUACACAUCAACCAGUAAUAGCACUACAUCAACGACUACCGUUCGUUCAAACUAUUACCAAUUAAUGGGUGCCACGGAAAGUAGUAGCAUUCCUGCAGGAAUUAACUCUACUCCACAACCAACAACAAUGCUCUCAGCGGAAACGUCAGCAACGGCCUACUCACAACAUUCGACAACGGGAGUGCAGUCACAUCAUCGUCCGACUUCACCGUCAAACACCGUUGCACCACAUUAUUUACAACCACAUGUCGCGACUGGUUCAACGCCUUCCAGAAGCGGUAAUGCAAGAGGAUCGAUUGCUGCACAGCAGCAACAGCAUCUUACCCAUAAUAUGCAACAAUCUCAACAACAACAGCAGCAUCACAGCCAGUCACAACUGCACACGACACAUCAUCAGCAUUUACCACCGCAGCACACAACUCCGGUAUCUGCAGUACUUCCCGACUAUUCAAUCCAUGCGCAGUCAGCGAUUCCUUAUGCUUCGAUGGAAGCCACACCUACACCACCUAACACAGAUGUGGGAAAUAUUUCUUCAAAUGCUCUAUCUAACAAUGUGUAUCAUCAGCAGCACCAUCCGUCUCAUCAGCAACCCCUACAGCACGAACAGCAUCAGCACCUACAACACCCUGCUGUUGCUUCUACACCGGGAUGUUUUAUACAGUACUCCUCAACCCCAUCGUCUACUGCAGGAUACGGUGUCCCUGCAGUUGCUGUUGCAAGCCAAAAUGUUACGAGCACUAAUAAUACCGUCGGUUGUAUCGCAUCAACCUCCUCCGGGUCUACCGGUAGUGCCGCUAAUGGAUCCGCCUUCCAUCGUCCAGAAAGUGCGAUGGCGAUGGGCGGCACUGUGGCAUCUCCAAUUGUUGUUCCACCCGUAUCCACUUACGACACUCCGCCGACGUAUAUUCCUGAUGCAAACGCACCAACCGCUGCCUAUCAUCAGUAUCAUCAUGCACCAUACCAGUCGUCCCAGUACCAUCCUCAUCAGCCGCAGAGUUACUAUCCUCCACCACCCCCGCCACCAUCGUCGAGCUACUCCUACUAUCCAUCAUCGGCAGGACCGUAUGGACCUGGUCAACCACCACUAACCGGUCCCGGAAUAGUGCCAACGGAUUCACAGUACCACACAUAUCCACCACCCCCACCGGUGUCUGCGGCAGCUCCGGCUACAGCAAGCAACUACAACUAUCCACCGUACCCAACCCAACCAGGUGUUGGACAAUGGCAAUAAGAUAGAAAUAUUCGUUGUCAGCUCGUGGAUUUUGUUUUCACCGCGAACAUAUGUACAUAGAAAAGCAAAGCAUGCGUAUUUAAGUAUAAUUUGUACGAACAUGUCUAGUUAGUGUGCAUAUGUACAUAGGAUAUUACUAUAUUCGUAUCCUCGCACUUGUCGCAUGGAAACUUCAACCAUUCAGUAAUUAGACGACAAUUGUGCUGUUUAGUACGUCACUGUUACUAUCAAUUGCAAUUAAUUACAAAUGCUACAUGUUAAACCUUAUUGAUAGUACUAUAAAAUACUAUUUCUAAUACUACACACGUAUGAUAAUGAAUUGCGGAAUCAUCCUAUCGACUUAAAUGCAUAGCUUGACGGCACAUGUUCCUAUAGCGAUCAUCUGCAAAUCGCAUAUUGCGAUAAUACAAUAAAAAUGAAACCGACCAUAAUGCGAGACAGCCAAUAAAUCAAACAUCAGUUUUGCUUGUAAUUCGCAACAUUAUGAGAUAAAAAGUUUAAGCAGGCAUGUCCAAAACAACGUUGAUGCAACUUAACCCAACUUGAGUUGCUUAGGCAGCGUAUGCGAUUAGAGUAUUAUUUUCUUUGUAAAUGGUCGUUGUUUUCCGCGAACGAAGAGUAUCCAUACUCCGUGUUAGUAAUCUAUACUGUGUUUAUGGCUGUAAAGAUUGUCUCUAAUUAACAUUAACAUCCAACCAGAAAUUAGCUGUAGUCGUAAGCUUACACAGUAGAGUGCGAGAAGAAAAAAAGGAAACGCACACUCUAAUUAAAGAUAGUAUGUUUGUCACAUAUCAGCUAGAUUCAAUCUGACUGACAGUUUGGAAGUACUGUAAUUUAAAAUGUCGUACUGUGCAAUUAAAAAUGUUCCGUCGAGUAUUGUUAAUGGACGUUACGUUUGAAUUUUAUUUGGUUCAAAAUGAAGACGUUUCGGAUGCACUUUCCUCGCCUAGACAUAACAUGCAAUUCUCAUAUUAGGUCAUGAAAGUUUAAUGUUUCGAAUUGUGCUAGAAAGCGUUACUAGAACGUUUAGAUGUAGUGAUUCAUAGCGUUGUUGAGUAAAUCAAAUAUUGAACCUUUUGAACGAACCAGCUUUGAACUAAUGAACAAAAGCAUAAUUAGUUUGCUAUAAUUCUGUAACCUAGCUAUCACAGAGAGAUGAUCUUGUGGUAAUCUUCCAUAUAACAAAUACUGUAGCGAACAGGUAACGUUCAACACGCACGCUGCAACCAAAAUUAUAGCCUAAACAGGUAUGCUUAAAAAAACAUCAUGAACCGCUAAUGUAAGGACAUGCAUUAUGCCGUAUAUAUGGCGCUGAGUUUGAACAUUAUUCACAUGCUGUUGGAAAACAUAUUUUAAUUCCGAUAUUGCUAUUAAAAACAAUAAGCAGUAGGAACAUACUCUACAUCGGGUAUACUAAAUAAAAAAGUGAUAAGGCGAAAAGAUAAUGAAAUGAAUAGAAAACAAACAUUUACGUAUUGCUAAUGCUAGAACUACACUGCAUGAUGAAUUAAAAUAGACUAGAAUUGUCGGGAAAUAUAAUACAAUUAAAAUUAAUAGAAAACUAACUUAUUAAAAUACAUUUUUUAUGUUAGUAUUAUACAUAAUUGCAACCCAAUUACGGAAAAACUAUUUUUCGCAAGGAAGCGGAGAGUCGAGUAGGACAAAGAGAGGGUAUGAGGUGAUCUAAUAUUGAACAUCAAUUGAUAAAGAAGCACUGAAAUAUUUGCCCAACAAGCUUUCCAGCAACGAUGCAAAACGAAAGAUCAUUAUCUAAUGAUGAUAAAAUGAUUGUGUGUUGCUGUUUUGAGUUUAGCUAAAUUGAAUUGAAGAGAAAGCGAUAAUCCAAGUGGGACGCUGUUAGCUUCCGAAAAUAAUAUUCAAUUGUAAGAUACAAUACCCAUAUAUUGUGGAAACAGUGAGUCGCUCUAUGCUUACUUACAAUCAAGGAGAAAUUUUUGACGUAGCGUUGUAGGACGCUGAUUUAAUGGUAAAGGGAAUCUAGGCCCUUUUAGUGUAUCAUCUUUCGAUAGCCAAAUGAAACGCAAAGUCAAAAAAAGAUAUCCUGGACAUAAACCUCUUAUGCCGGACGCUUGAUUUUAAACGGUUCCACAAGUUCGUUCCUCAGGAGGAAGUAACACUAAUAUAGCAUAUGAAGCGUACGCCAACAUAAUACAGGAUAUUUGAAUUAAAAAAAGAAAAAUUAAUACUAUAUAGUGCGUGCGUUUGUUCGUUCGGUUGAGGAAUACAUCUAGAAAUCACCAUCAAGCAA